CUUGCAUCGCCAAUUCCGAGUCCUGAGGCCUAAACCUAGUAAUCCUACAAGGUUCUACUUGCUUGAAAGCUGCAACAUAGCCUGCAUUGGCAUUGGCCCUGUUCCAAACUUGCCCUUCGGUGCAUCAAUUCACAUCUUCCUCUACAAUCAAAGUACAACAAGACUCUCAACUUAUUCGAACUGUUAUUCGUCUUCGGCGGUCUCCGUCCCGUCCGCAUUCCACAUCCAUCCCAUACAUACUUGCCUAUUCGCAACCUCCUUCUACGCCCACCAUGAUCUACAAGACCAACUACGAACUCUAUACCACUCGCGAAAGCAUCGAUAGUCGACGCUCGCCGCCCCCAGACGAGCUCCUCUCCCCGCUCGCAACGCUCUACCCGCAUGUCGCAGCCCUGCAGCCGCAGUACAACCCUGAUAGCUGCACUUUCACCGGCUACCGUCACACAGGCUACUGGGCCUCCGCGUAUACAACCCAACCACUGGAAGAGCCGCCAUUUACGCCGCGACGAGGAAGUGAAAUACCCUGUCGCUUCGUCUCCAAACUCUCAAAACUGCGUCGCUUUCUUAGUCGCGAGGAUCUAAGGAAUCGUCGGCGGUCGCAGGUCACUACUUAGAUCGGAUCGGAUGAUCCAAUUCGAUUCGAUAACACACUCUAUUAUCUUUUUUUUCUUUCUUCGAUUUGAUAUGACUUCGACUUUAUCAUUCGACCAUCGAAACAUACAUACACGACCUACGAUCAUUCAACUUGACUCUAACCUCUUCUGUUCCAAUUACAAAUUUUCGUCGAUCGACGACCUCGUCAUCGCAAUGAUGGACAUCAUCACCGGCACAUACGACCAUACCACAGACCCCAACGAGCGGGGGAUCUCCUGAUUUUACUUUUUUGCUUUUUUUUUCCUCUUAUGUUUGAUCGACUGCAAGACACUCUAACGAUAGUGGUCUUGCGGCUUUUCUUUUGUCUUGAUUUGAUUUGUCAUUUUUGUGCUAUAGCGAUCGGUUAGCGGGAGUUUGGUGGUUUUCUUCUACGUCAUUUGGGAUAGUGUUUCCAACCAACAUAUGGGCAUUGCAUGAAUGGGAGGUUGGAAUCGAGGGGAUCGAUUAUUCGAAAUUUACUGUAUAUAGUUACGGCACCAAAGGGAGAUUUUUCCCCCUACUUAUUUAGGUAUACAUACAAUUGUCAUUUACCAAG